UAGCAAUUAUAAAAAUUUAUUUAGUCUAAACAAAAACUAUUAUUCCUUAUAUAAAACUCAUCUUUCCUUAUCCUAUUCUCAUAACCAUAAUAUAAUUCCUAUUAACAUGGAUUUACCUCAAAUCACAAAAGGGGAUUUUAAAGAAAUGUCAACUACUUCAAUUCAGCACUCACCAAGAAAAUCCAACUCCAUUAUCAAUUCUAAAAAUGGAAAUUGUUCCAAUAACCUUUCAUUAUCAACAUCUAUUGCCAGAAGUAAACACCUGUUAAAUAUAGACAAUAUAAACCCUUCAGUAAAACUGAUGGAAUAUGCAGUGAGAGGCCCCAUUGUAACACGUGCUACAGAAUUAGAAUAUCAAAUUAAAGAGCGAGAAUCUGGGAAAUACCAAUUCGAAGACAUAAUUAAGACAAACAUUGGGGACGCUCAUGCCAUGGGACAAAAGCCUAUCACAUUUUUCAGACAAGUUUUAGCACUACUUUCUUAUCCGCAACUAAUCACGACCGAUCCUGAAAAAUGCGUCCUAACUUUUCCCUCCGAUGUCAUAGCCAAGGCCAAGCGAAUCCUGAACGCCUGUUCUGGUCACAGUUUAGGCUCUUACUCGGCCAGCGCUGGUUUAGAUAUCGUUCGUCGCGACGUAGCAUCAUUUAUCACUCGGCGCGAUGGCGUGGGUGACUGCCAUUUUGGAGACGUGUUUCUCUCUGCCGGAGCCAGUGAAGCUAUCAGAAACGUUUUGUUCAUGUUCAAACAAGCCAGCAAAGAUGCCAAGAAAACCGGAGUAAUGAUUCCUAUUCCGCAAUAUCCUCUCUACUCUGCCACCCUCACGGAAUACGAUAUGGAUCAAGUUGGGUACCAACUCAACGAAACCGAUAAUUGGAGCCUUCAAAUAGAAACCUUAAAACACGCCCUGGAACGGGGUAAAGCUCAAAGUGACGUCAGAGUCCUGUGCGUUAUCAACCCGGGCAAUCCUACAGGACAAGUUUUAUCCCAUCAAAAUAUGAAAGAAAUUAUACAGUUCGCUUACGACAACCAUUUGUUUUUGAUGUGCGAUGAGGUUUAUCAAGAAAACAUAUACGAGCCAGGCCUCAAGUGGAAAUCUUUCAGAAAGGUCCUAAAAGAAGAUAUGCCAGCUGAAGUAGCUAAAACCCAAGAAUUGGCAUCUUUCUAUAGCGCUUCCAAGGGAUAUAUGGGAGAAUGUGGACUUAGAGGUGGGUACGUUCAAUUCGAAAACGUGGAAAGAGCCGUAAAAGAACUCUACAUUAAAAUGAUAUCGGCUAGGCUGUGCCCUACCACUCUAGGACAAGCUUUAAUGGGAUGCAUCGUCAAUCCGCCAAGCGUGGAUGACCCUAGUGGACCAUUAUUUUAUCAGGAAAAGGACGCCAUCCUGAAAGCCCUGGCGAAACGAGCAAAGCUAACAGCUUCCGCUCUCAACCGCAUACCAGGCGUCGUGUGUAAUAACGUUUCAGGAGCUAUGUACGCUUUUCCACGAAUUUCUAUUCCCGCCAAUGCCGUCGCUUUGGCCAAAUCUAAAAACAUGGAACCGGAUUUUAUGUUCUCUAUGGAGCUGUUAGAAGCGGAAGGACUUUGCGUAGUUCCGGGGAGCGGAUUCGGCCAACAAGAAGGAACCUAUCAUUUUCGGAUGACGAUAUUGCCCCCUGAGGCCAAAAUGGAAGAAUUCUUGGAAAGAUUUACCCGAUUCUAUAAAAACUUUGUUGAAAAAUACAAAUAAACCGAUUUGGAGAUCCUAGUCAUAUUUUUUUUCCACGUUGCUUUUUAUCCUUUUUGUAUUUUAUAAGAUCAAUUAUCGUUUUCGU